AUGUCUGUCUUCGAACGAAAGCGUGCAACGUCCCGUCCCAACUCACAUAACGAUGGCUCUCCCUCCCCUAGUACCGUGGUGUACACCCCCUUGGACGUCGACCGUCAGGUCAGCGCAUUGCUCAACAAACUCACGAUGGCGCGCUUCCACUCGAUCUCAGACCAGAUCAUCGCGUGGGCGAACAGGUCGGAGAAGGAGCAGGACGGCCGGACACUCAUCCAGGUCAUUCGGCUCGUGUUCGAGAAGGCGACAGACGAGGCACCAUGGCCGGAGCUUUGCGCGCGCUUGUGCCGCAAGAUGAUGGAGCAGAUCAGGCCCAACGUCCGCGACGACGGCAUCAAGAACGCCGACGGCAAGCCCAUCGCAGGUGGCCAGCUCUUCCGCAAGUACCUGCUCAACCGCUGUCAGGAGGACUUCGAGCGCGGAUGGGUUGCAAAGGAGGCCCCGGCCGCUGCGGUAGCGGCGACGAAGGCCACCGAGGACCAGGCUGCGAAGGCGGCCGAUGGCGAAGAGGACGAGGAGAGCGCCUUGUAUUCGGAGGAGAACUACGCUGCGCAGAAGGCGAAGCGGCAGGGUCUCGGUCUCAUCAAGUUCAUCGGCGAGCUCUUCAAGCUGCAGAUUCUCACGGAGCGCAUCAUGCACGAGUGUGUGAAGAAGCUGCUGGGCAGCGUCGAAACCCCCGUGGAGGUGGAGAUCGAGCGUCUGUGCAAGCUCCUGACGACGGUCGGCCAGAUCCUCGAUACCCCCAAGGCCCGCGCUCACAUGGACGCAUACUUCUCGCGCAUGAAGGAGCUCUGCAAGAACCCGAACGUCAGCGCGCAGAUGCAGUCCAUGCUGCAGGAAGUCAUCGAGUUACGGGAGCGGAAAUGGAUGGAGAAAAUGAAGGCAGCACGAGAGAAAAGCUUGUCGAAUGGCGCUCAGAGCAUCUUUGUUGGCGGCUCAGGACGUGGCGGAGGCUAUGGCGGAGGCUAUGGCAGAGGCCGGUGGAGCGGCCCCAGCGCCAGGGUAGUCGCUGGUGGAUCUGCUACCCGUCAGUCGACGAUUGCCGCGCUUCGCGAACAAAUCGAGAAGGAGAAGGCUGCAUCGGACAAGGACGCCAUGAACCGUACUCUGAGCAUGUCUCGUGGUGGCUCAAGACGCGGCGGCGACCGCGACGACUACCAACAGAUCGGCCCCGACGGCUGGGCAGCUGCUGGCGGACCCGCGCUGCGCCAGCCGCCCAAAGCCGGCGACCUCUCCAACUUCGGCAAGAUCAACAAGUCAACGCCCAUGACCUUUGGCCCCAGCUCCGUCUUCCAGAAGGACAAGACAAAGAGUCGGGAGUCCACGCUCUCCCGCCAGGGCUCGACGAACAUGUUCUCUAUGCUCAGCGCGAACCCCGAGAUUGCGGCGGAGGUCACUUCCGCGAAGUCCAGUCGCCCCCCGAGCCGGAAGAGCAGUGUCGACCUCGGUCCUGGUGGUGCUCCGGAGGCGACCCCGCAACGGAAGUGUCUGCAGCUCCUUCCGCGGUCGGUUCCUGUCGAUGGCAAGGCGGAGUUAACGCCUGCUGGCUCGACCGCCGGGUCAGACGACGAGGGUGGCGAGUCCACCAGCGGGCCCUCCAUGUCGGUUGAGGAGGCCAACACGCAGAUCUCCGAGGACUUGAAGGAGUUCUUCAACAUCCGUGACCUCAACGAAGCCGAUGUGUACUUCACGAAGCUCCCUGCAGAGCACCGACACCUCCUCGUCGACAAGCUCGUCACGAGGGCGGUCGAGUCGAAGGAGGCGGACGCGCAGCUGGUUGCCGACCUGUUCGGCAAGGCGCACUCGAAGAACCUGGUCUCACCAGCGUUGUUCGAGGAGGGCUUCAAGCCUGUGGCGGAAGUCAUCGACGACAUCGCUAUCGACGCGCCGAAGGCACUCAACCUCUUCGCGAUCAUGAUGAAGGGUGCACACUUGCACGAAGACGAGGAACGCCGCGCGCGUCUCACGGGCAAGUCCAUGGACAGCGACAAGCUCGCCUCUCUUCUGUCCGAGUCAUAG